GGCCUUCUUUUCCCUUCUUAGGGUCCACAGAUUGUGUGUGUUACUCCACCGUCGGCAUCAACGACGCAAAGACCUCGGCUCUGCACAUCAUCGUGGGGGACUCGCUGCCCAUGGACGUGUCCUCCGUGCACCACCACGGCGCGCUGCUGCGCUACUCGGUGUCGCUGCUGGGCUACGGCUUCUACGGGGACAUCGUCAAGGACAGCGAGAAGAAGCGCUGGAUGGGGCUUAUCAGAUACGACUUCUCAGGCCUGAAGACCUUCCUGUCGCAUCACUGCUACGAGGGCACCGUGUCCUUCCUCCCGGCGCAGCACACGGUGGGGUCUCCGCGGGACGGGAAGCCCUGCCGGGCCGGGUGCUUCGUCUGCAGGCAGAGCAAGCAGCAGCUGGAGGAGGAGCAGAAGCGGUCGCUGUACGGCCUGGAGGGCUCGGAGGAGGUGGAGGAGUGGAAGGUCAUCUGUGGGAAGUUCCUGGCCAUCAACGCCGCCAACAUGUCCUGCGCUUGUCCCCGGAGUCCCCGGGGCCUGUCCCCGGCCGCCCACUUGGGAGACGGGUCUUCUGACCUGAUCCUCAUCCGCAAAUGCUCCCGGUUCAACUUCCUGAGGUUCCUCGUCCGGCACACCAACCAGGGCGACCAGUUCGACUUCACUUUUCGUGGGAAGUUUAUCGCAUCAAGAAAGUCUCAGUUCGUGUCGAAGCAGGUGGAGGACGAGGACAGCGAGCUGGGCGAGCGGGGGAAGCAGGGGCUGCGGCAGAUCUGCAGCCAGCACCCCUCCUGCUGCUGCAGCGCGGCCAGCAGCUCCUGGAACUGCGACGGGGAGGUGCUGAGCGGCUCCGCCGUGGAGGUCAGGGUGCACUGCCAGCUGGUCCAGCUCUUCGCACGCGGCAUCGAGGACGGCCCGUAGGCGGAACCUGCGGCCGAGACCCCAUCGCGUCGCCGCCGCCUCGCUGCGCGUGGAAGCGUGAAAAUGGAGAGAACGCAACCGACCAGUGAUGUGGAUACGUACAUCCAGACUUAGAAGUUUAUUUUUGAUAGUUAAAUCUCGGUUUUAGAAAAAAUACCUUUUGUCCACGGGUUCUUGUGGGGCACAUCGGGCAUUUUUCAG